CACACAAGCGGGGCACGUGUAGAGACGCACAUGCUGUCCCUCGCUGGAAAGUGAAGCGCUUAAAGAAAAAAAGGAAGGAAGGAAGAGAGGAGGGAAGCGGCGAGAAAAAGAAAGGCGACACAAAUCAGUGUAGAAGAAAUAGAACAGGUUGGAUUUCAGAAACAGGGCGGUGAACUUUCUGAUCAGAAAAAGCGACAGAGGAGCUCCGAGUUAAACGGAGGAAACGACAGCGGAGCUUCAGUUCUUCAGCCGGACGGUCUUCACCGCGAGAAAAACACAAGUGAUGCAGUCACUUGGCAGUUCCUCUGAAUGGCCGUCACAAGCCGCCCUCUCUUCCACCACGCGCUUUAUGUUCGGUGAGAGCGACCAGACGGAGGAUGACGUCUCAUCUGAGGCCUCUUCAGAGGGAGUUGUUGAGGCUGGUUUGGGCAAGUCCAGCCCUGCGCCCUUCGCCACGGAGCUCCCACAGAGUCCUGAGCCACAUUCAGACUGUGGAGAUCAGCGAAGUUCCACAGCUGAGAGCGACCAGACAGCGCACUGCCACAGAUCCCCAGCAUAUGGUGGUUUGACCUCUGUAUCGGCUACUCGGGCUCCGACAGAAGGAGACUUGGCCUUUUCUCGCAAAUGUGCAGAGCUGAGUGGUUAUGUUAGGCCACUGCUGGAGCUGCUAAAUGGAUUGAAAACAGGGAGAUAUGACAAAGGUCUGAGCACAUUCCAGCAAAGUGUUGCCAUGGACAGAUUGCAAAGGAUUGCUGGGAUUCUGCAAAAACCUCAUCUAGGGGAGAAGUAUCUGCGCACGCUUCUGCAACUGGAGAUGAUGUUAAAGGUUUGGUUUCCUCACGUGGCAUCCUGUGACCCUAAUUCCACCCCACUGUCCCAAAACUCCACUGCCAGCACUCAACCACGCUGGCAUCAGAACCAGCUGCCCAUGAAGAAACGUCGAUUAAGUUGGUCUGACUCAGAAUCUCAAAGCCCGGCCCCUCCAAACUGCAAACUCUUUCGAGACAAAGAGCCAGAACAGAGUCCCUGUCUGACCACCUCUAGCGCACACCCAAAAGAAGACACAGUUUCUAGAUGCCAAGGACCAGUGAUUUCAGAGUCAGAAGGUAUCCUUAACCCAGAAACAAGCAGCCGCAGCCUAUCAGAGCAUGAGUUUUUCACAUGUAUGUCUGAGUCAGCUAGAAGGGGUAGUUUAUCUUCACUUGUAAUACAUCAUACCUCCACAGGUGGGAGCUGCUCAGACACACAGGAUUGUUCCAUUUCUUCCACCACCUCUGCUUCAGACUCGUGCCAGACAACUGGAAGACAGGAGGCAGCAGUUCCCUUCCACACCCACGAUCAGGUUCAAGGUGUGAAUGGGGUUGAGCCAAAAAGGAGAGCUGGUAGGAAAUCUCAUAUGUCAGAAAAGCCAAGCACGUAGCAUUAAGCAGGUCCUUUUUGCUAAAAGGAAGGAAUUUUUCAAUCCACUGAUAUCCACUGAUGUUGGGAACUCGUCGCGAUUCACGAAGUGUGCUGAAAUGACAAACAACACAGCAAAAGGUGUUGAAAGCACCAAGGUCAUUAUGAUCCCACUGUUCUGCCAUAUGUAGUAGAAUAGAAUGUUUCUAUGAAAGUCCUGUGCUGAACUUCCCUGAAAGGCUGUGAUAAUGCCUUUUACGGUUUCCAGGGAAGUGGCUGAACUUCGCUUCAGUAAUUGUACUUCAACAUCUUGAGCAGCGAAAGGAGUCGCUGAAACACAUGAAAAAGAUUCUGGAACUUUCUGCCGUUACUGCCAUUAGAUGCUUUACCUGCCAUAGACUUCACCCAUUUGCUGCCAUGACAAACUGGGCAAUCUAAGGAAGAUCACAAACCACCUUAACCACCUUCAGCUGGAAUUGUAAACCACCACAUUGAGUGCAAAACAAAAGGACAGAUAUGAAAGUGUAGAUUUUGUUUAAAGGAAAAAAAAAACCUAAAAGUUGAUUUAACAGCAGGUUUUUAAAAUUGAUUUCUUACUUGAAGACACUGGACUCACUGAAAGCCUUAAUCCCAAGAGCCAGUACACCUUUACUGAGCAGAUUCCUUUACCAUAACUUGAUGUGUAUUUAUUCAGUGGCAAAGAACAUAAUUUCAGUUAUUUUAAAAGGUGUGACAAGUGGCUGUUGUGUAAUGUUUUAGUGUAAUAUGAAAUAUGGAGGACAUUGUGGCGUGAGACAACUUUCAUUGUCAAAUACAACUUGCACAUGUAUAGUGUACUGCACAUCUUAGUG